UCCAUUCCAUGAACUCUCUCUUUAAUGGCUACAACGAACGGAUCCCACACCUCAGGAACAGGUUCUAUUCAAGUGGCAGUAGUUGGAUCAGAAGAAUAUGUUCACCUAGAUUGUUUGCUUUCGUGAAUGUUUAUACAUUAAUUGGAAUCUGCUUACAAUUAAUCUUAACUCAUCAAUUGUGAUUGUCUGGAACUACAGAUAUUGGAAGACUCUAGUCUCUAGCCAUUUUGUUCCUCUACAAUGUGGUUAAUUGUACACCCACAAGGCUACAGUUGGUUAAAUCCAAACCUCCGAAGAAUGGUGAUAUGAUAAAAUGAACUAAAUAUAUUUUUAUAUUUAUAAUUGGUAAAUUUUUUUUUAUUGAUAAUAAGGAUAGGCAAUAAUAGCCCGUGUACACCGGACAUAUACAAGAGCAGCUAGAUAUAUUUUUAUUAAUAAUUGCUAAUGAGUACUUGUCCUUGCUAGACCUGCUGUCAUCUUGGAUGUUUAGAAAGGAAAUGGCAUAUUUCAUUCUUAUCCAAAAUCUUCAUUGCAUAAGAGUUUUAUGAUCCGAAUAAUUAAUUCAGGAGUCCAAUCGCGCAUAUUAUGGGUGUUAUUUGUUUCCUCUCAUAACCAAUUCUAUUUUGCUUUUCAGGUACUCUAAAUGAAAGGGAUGGUGUAUCAAAUGAAUCUGCAAAAGCAACUGAUCCCACUUCGAAAUCUGAGACAAAACCUGAAGAAAAUGAAAUUAAAGUUCGGGUAGAUGCUAUGUGGGAGCAGAUGAAUAAAGGCGUACCUACUAAGACACUCAAAAGUUUUCCAAACAAGCGUAGUCCAUCCGAGAGUAAGAAAACAAAGAAUUCUUCCAAGAAUUGGAUGGCAUAUCUGGGACUGGCACCAAAUACAGGAUCCCUCAGACAAGUUUUACCACAUAAGGAACCUAGUGUCAUGCAGGACAGCACGAGUGAUGAGGCCAAGAGGCUUGCUGCUGCUGCUGCACUUUCUGCUGUUAAGGAUGCUACAGCUAUCGCAGCUGGCUGGGGGAAAGUUGAGAUCACCGAGGUUCGGGACUUUGCUGGCCAAGAAAUUGAAGUUAAGAAGCUUGUCGAUGCUGAUUCAAAGGAAGCUUCUGAAAAAGCCAAAGGUCCUGCACCUUCUGCUGUUGAUGCAGUGCUUGAACAAAUCAAGAAGAAACAAAAGCUCAGUGUGCUUGACAAGACAAAACAGGAUUGGGGGGAGUUCAAGGAAGAAAACAAGGGCUUGGAAGAUGAGUUGGAUGCUUACAAAAAGAGCUCAAACCAGUAUUUGGAAAAGGUAUCAUUUUUGCAUCGAACUGAUUACCGGGAGUUUGAGCGGGAGAGAGAUGCACGACUAGCUUUGCAGGCCAGGAGGAAGCCAGAUAUGCGAGAGGACCUAUGACUGUUUUACUCUCUUGAGUUUCUCCCCUCUUGAUGAGUUUGUGCAAUUUCACUCUAGAGAUUACAAAGAUAAGUAGGGGGGUUGGAGUUGCUGAUAGCCUUAUAAUUUUCCUGGCGGCCUUGUUUAAUGAGGGAAGAAGACCCUCGAUAUUGUUGAAGAGGAAAGAAGGCCUCUUAUAUUGUUGGUGGAGAUGUGAUGCAUUUGGGCAAAGUCUGUAGGUUUUAGAUACCCUAACAGGAAUGGGGAUUUCAUUUUACAUGUUCUUUCUGAGAACUGAAUAGGCUUUAUCGUAUAUCAGCAAAAUAUAUUUGUCCUCUUAUUAGUACUUAAAAAAAAAAAUAUUUAGAUUUGUCUUCUUAUUUUAGUUUUAUUUGGUGGGUUGUAGGUCUCUUUGUUUUUAAGACAUUGGAGCAUGCAGUGCCACUUUAUGAAACAGAGACCGAAGUGCUGUUUCCUUCGCCUAA